UGACCUCCACCUGUGGCAUUGUUUAUAAAUGGUAACACCAUUCUAUUCUUAUGGUUACAGUUUCUUAAUUCGAAAUAAAAUAAAUGAAAACCCAAACCGUAUUUUCCUAUUUUAAAAAACUUCUCAUACUUGUAGGAGCAUUACAUCUUUUACACGACUUAAUUGGUUGUAAUUUGUCAAGUAAAACCAUCAAACAGCUGAGAAUUUCCAAGGUGAACUUCUUCUUCAUAAAACGAUACUUGUAACUUUCAACUAACUAAUCAAUAACUGUUGCCCUAACCUCUAACACCAAGCGGGAAAAGAGCCUUACAAUCACCAAAUAGGUCUCUGUUUUAACUUCCUAACGAGAAGACUGUCAUCAUUAGGGUUAAACAAAAAAAAAAAAAAAGAAACUAACAAUCAAUUUUAACCCACCAAAAAUAGCUCAAUGCAGUUCUUCUUCCUUUCCAAGUUGAUAUUCUACUUCUUUUAUUCCCCUAGACUUGUGAUUUUUUUAUUUGUAACUGUUCUCUGACACAAUCGGUGUCUCAGGCUAGUUCAGGUGAGAUCACUAGGAAUAGCCCAAAUUUCAAAUCUCACCGCCGCCGAUCGCAAUUUGACAUCUUCCAUUUCCAAAAAUAUAAACAGAAAUGAAAACUUACAGUAGCCCGCCAAUCUUUGUGAAACGAGGAAAUAGUACAUUUGUUUAUCCAACGGUUUGCUUUUCCUAUCAAGAAGAAAAGCGGGCUCAUGGCAUCUUUUAUAAAGCAAAUGUUCUGGAAUUCAUAUAUCCUGUCUUCACGAUUCAAAUCAUCUUGGCGUUCCUGGUUUCGUGGACUGUCUACUUUGUUCUUAGGCCUUUGAGACAACCGAGAUUUGUCUGCAAUAUUCUGGCAGGCAUUAUCUUAGGACCCUCCGUUCUGGGUCGCAACAAGGCAUUUAUGGAGACAUUUUUUCCACCUAAAGAGAUGUUGAUUUUCAACACAGUGGCUAGACUUGGUACAGCGUACUUAAUCUUCAUAAUUGCUGUGAAGAUGGACGUGAAAACUUUGUUAAGCUCAGCAAAGAAAAUUUGGCCUAUUGGUUUAUGUAGCUAUAUUUUUCCUUUCGUAAUCACCUUAAUCUUUAGUUCUGCUAUGUACAAGGAAUUAUCUGCAUGUCUCAAGGGUAUGAACAUGGUGACUUUCUUAUGUGGGGCAAUAUCAGUUACAUAUUUCCCAGUUGUUGCUCAAUUUAUUGAGGAAUUAGACCUUUUAACUACUGAAUUGGGCCAGCUUGCCUUGUCCUCUUCUAUGCUCAUUCAAAUGACGAGUCAUGCUAUUACAAUUAUAGGAGUGGCUGUGACAAGGGAUUCUUAUAUUCAUUCGAUUUACUACUUUCUUGCCAUAUGCGCAACGAUCAUCUUGGCAGUCUAUGUUAUAAGGCCUGCGAUUCUCCUGAUUAUCAAGAUAACUCCAGAAGGGAAACCGAUAAAAGAAGUUUAUGUCAUAGCCAUACUUAUUGGGACUUUAAUUAUGGCAGUCAUAACUGAUGUUAUGUGGUAUGACUUUCUUUCUGGAGCUCUUCUGACGGGAUUGAUCAUACCUGAUGGACCGCCUUUAGGAGCCAUAUUAGUAGAGAAAUCUGAACUUAUGGUUAUGGAAAUUUUCCUGCCUUUGUUCUUUGUUCAAGUUGGAUACCUGACAGAUGUGUCUUCACUACAGAACAUCAAGGCUGUAACUGUGGUGUUGCUCCUCGUUACAGUAUGUUGUUUGACCAAGAUAAUUGGAACUCUGUUGGCAUCACUGUAUCUCAAUAUUAAAUUUCAAACUGCUCUUUUCUUGGGCCUCAUUUUGAACUUCAAGGGUGUUGUAGACUUGACGACUUUUCACCGAUUCCAAUCAAGAAAUAUUUUGGAAAAACGCUGUUAUACUGCAUUGGUGCUAUUCAAUCUACUUGUAGUAGCGAUCUUUUAUCCUUUGAUUGAAUUUUUCUAUAAGCCUCGAAUUAGACUUGCUGGGCGAUAUUCUAAAACAAAAUACUCGAGAGCCCUCCAAUCAACACCUCAAGCUGAAGAAUUACGUGCUCUUACAUGCAUCUACCAUGAAAACAAUGUCCCUGGCAUGAUUGCAUUACUGGAUGCAUCAAAUCAUAGAGCAAUUAGCCCAUUAUGUGCUUAUGUAGUGCAUGUGGUUGAUCUUGUCGGCCGAACUGCUCCUUCAUUACUUCCUUACAAGGGCAAGACAAGGAUGUCCAAUCAUGAUCCGUGCUCAUCUUCAUCUCGGAUUAUGAGCGCUUUUAUAAAUUACUCAAAAACUGCAAGCGGCCGUGUCUCACUACAGCCAUUCACCAUGGUUGCACCAUUCAGGACUAUGCACAACAUCAUCUGCAAUCUUGCAGAGGAAAACCUUAUUCCUUUCAUCAUCGUCCCUUUUCAUGAAAAUCAAAUAUUGGACCUAAACAGCAAACAGAAGGGUGUGUUGCAGGAUUUUAACUCUCAACUUCAGGCUCAUGCACCAUGUACUGUUGGGAUCUUAUAUGACAGGGGAUUGCAACCGCGUCUGAACAAGUGCCGGAUUGUGGUCGUUUUUAUUGGUGGUGCAGAUGAUCGCGAAGCCUUGGCACUUGCAAUUAGAAUGUCAGGAAAUCCUGAUAUGAACAUCACCAUGUUAAGGAUUAACUCGGCAAAAGAUAAGGAUCGCAGUAUUACAGAGGCGCAAUUAGAUGAGUUGUUGGUCAAGGAAUUCAUAGAUAAUAAUCUUAAUAAUCCUAGGAUUCUCUGUCAACAGGUGAGUGUGAACGAUAGUUUACAAAUGCUAAAUGCGGUUCAAUCUUUAAGGAGAAAUUACGAUCUUGUCAUGGUGGGCAAGAAUUCCGGGGCAAGGGCUUUUGAGAAAGAUUUGACGGAAUGGGUAGAAUAUGCAGAACUGGGCGUCAUCGGUGAUAUGCUUGCGUCAACAGACUUUUAUAAUGAGAUGACGUCCGUGCUUGUCAUGGAACAUUGUGCGGUAGUUAAUAAAUCGUUCUCAAUUCCAUCUUAGAUGCAUCCCAAGUGCUGUCUGAACAGCUGUUGUUUUAGGCUUUUUAGGACAUGAACCCAGAAAUUUUGGAAAUCUUGUUGAAAAGUUACUCUGUGUAGCUUUUCCAGCAGCCAUUUCAACUAGGAUUCCAAUUAGAAACAGUAGCAUUAGAUGUUUGUAAUAUAA